GGAGUAAAGGAACACCGGCUGGUUUUAAUCAGAACCAGGAUGAUCUUCUUCAGGUUCUUCGGCUGCUGUUUGAAGGCUUUAUUCAAAGGGAAAAGAAACGGGCAAUUGUUUUACAGCUUUUCUUUCUACACCUUAGACUCGUGAAGGAAAAAACAGCUGAAAAGUUGGGAAAAAAAAAAAAAAAAAAAAAGGAGUGACAGAAAGGAAAAUCCACCGAAGCUUUUCCAAAUAUUCAUUCAUCAAGUUCACCGCAGUGAGGCUGCGAUGGUGAACAGCAGGGUGGAGGCCCCUACGGUGGCCGUGAUGGGUGGUGGCGGGGCAGCGGGCAGGUCAUGUGCUGGAUGUGGAGGACGGAUUUCUGACCGCUUCCUGCUGUUCUCCAUGGAACGAUACUGGCAUACCCGCUGCCUGAAGUGCUCCUGCUGCCACGCCCAGCUGGGCGAGUAUAGCAGCACCUGCUACAGUAAAGGUGGCAUGAUCCUCUGCAGGAACGACUACAUCAGAUUGUUUGGAAACAGUGGAGUCUGCAGUGCCUGUGGACAGUCCAUACCUGCCAGUGAGAUGGUGAUGAGAGCACAAGGCAGUGUUUACCACCUAAAGUGUUUCACCUGUGCAACCUGUCGGAACCGCCUGGUCACCGGCGAUCGCUUUCAUUACAUCAACGGCACUAUCUUCUGUGAACACGAUCGGCCAGGAGGAGGGCUGCUCAGUGGACACUCUGCUCCACUGCAGGCCAACAGCAUCAUGUCUGAUCAGAAGGUCUGCUGAGGAAGAGGAGGGAAAAGCAAACAUGCCUUCUUCCAGAUCUUUCUCUUCAUCAUCAUCUCCUGACUCUGAGUGACCUCCCUCCAUCCUGAUAGAUGGUGAAUUCACUGACGGAUUGCUCUUGGUCCCGUGCAGCAUGGAUAGAGUAAAGUCUGUGCUGUGGCAGAAUGUUAAGGAUCAGAGACUGGUUUUAUUUAUUCAAGCGACUGAGGCAAUACUGAUCAGUACUGACAUGUUCCAGAAUGAAGAAUACUGUCUUGGAAUUAUCUUGUUUUAGUGCUUCCAGUGGCAUCAUCCAUCAGUUUUACCCAACUAAGACGCUGUAGCGGGGAAUGAACUGGGUUUCAGUUACACUGACCUGGUUGGAGUGAGUUCGUUAUGGAGCUGUUGUGUUGUGAUUACAGCUACUGGUUUCCAUUCUGACUUGAAAACUGGGAACACCAAACCUGUACUGAUGCUUUGUGGAAUUUUGUGGAAUUUACAGCAAGGUGCCCUUUGGUGGGUGUGUUUCCAUCACAGACUGCUGAUUGAGUUCUCUAAACCAAAUAUGAGGAUCUGGAGGCAUUUUUAAUUAUAUAUCACAUUUAACUAUAUUAUACAAAUUAUCACAACAUGGUCAGAAGCCCUGAUGCACCUCAGAGGCAGAAACCACAUCUGAUAGAAUCAAGCUUUGUGUCUCCAUCAGUACAACAGGACAGAUGUUGGUCAUACUGUUUUACCUUAGCAGGGGGUAAAACCCGAAGAUGUUAUGACUACAACUAGGAAUCCGUCAGCUUUUGUGAGUGUCCACAAGUCCAAUCCUCUGGGCAAAAUAAUAAUAACAAUAAAAAGGACGGUCUUCUUACAGUUCAGAGGUUUUAUGUAUAAAAAACAUGUCACCUUCUGGGUCUUAAAUUAGGUUAAUACUAUCAUCAGAUGAAUAACUCCAUAUUACAUGAUAUGCCUUACUCAUUUUUUUAUAUUUUAAUUAAAUAUUAAGCAAAAAUGUAAAAGUGUGUGUGAGAAACUGAGCACACCUUCACUGUUUUUAUGAACAGGACAACCAGGUGCUGCUUAUCAGUGAUGUGAUUAAACAUCAGGUAUAACCAUGUCUGUUAUCAGGUCAUCUCCAAACUGGCUGGAGUCCAUCAUUCUACAAAGAGAAAGAUUAUUCACUAGUGAACCUCUUCAGAACAGCAGGUUCAGACCAAGAAGAAACCCAAGGGCUAAUCCUGGACUUUCCAAGACUCAGUAUGUUAAACGUUAAAGUUCAUGACAGUCCAGUUAUCAAAAGACUAGUGGGAUUUGUUAGGAGAGGUUGCAGGAGAAAGCCUCUUCUCUCUAAAAAGAACAUGGAAGCACAGCUUAGGUUGGCAAAGCUGCAUCUGGACAAGCCACAAGACUGAAACAUAGUCUUCUGGACAGAUCAGACCAAAGUGGGCAUGUUUGGUCAGAAAACACAGCAUAUCAGCACAAACAAACCAUAGCAACUGUCAGCGUGGUGGUGGAGGGAUGGUGAUCUGGGCUUGUCCUACAGCUACAGGAUCUGGACACCUUGCAGUCACUAAGUGGACCAUGAACUUUGGAUACCAAAUUAUUCUAGUCAGAUGUGAGUCCAUCCAUCUGGCUGAAACUGUCUCAUGUGACAACAACCCAAACACAGAAGCAGAUCUAUAACAGCAUGGCUGUAAAAGAAAAGAAUCAAGGUGUUGACAUGAUCUAGUCCAGGUCUUGACACCAUCUGGACCUGCAGCCUGGUUCUGGUUCAGUCUCUCUUGCUACUUUUUCACCUGACUGCAAGAAACAUGCUGGAGGGGGAGGCAGAGAAGGUCUCAGUGGUCCAGUCAAAGUCCAGACCUCAACCUGACCAAGAUGCUCUCAUGGACCUGAAGUGACAUUAAAAAUUUAAAUCAAAUACAAAGUUUCUCGACAAUGAUUUGAAUGAUUUGUACAAGACAUUGUAUCGUAUGGUACUUAGAUUUUUACACACUGUUCCUGUAUUAAAUAAAUUAAAUUGUGCAAUAUGUGAUGAAUUAUUGUUCAUUUGAAGUAAAUGUUCAAAAUUUUAAAUCAUGUCCUGAUAUGUAAAACCUUGGUAUUAAAACAAAAUGUAUUAUAUCACAUGACAUACUGUGUGUUUGCAGCCUGCUCAGCUACGAUUGGUCAGUAUUAUUUUAGCUCAAAUGGUAACCGCUGCCAAAAUCUCAAACCUUGUCUGUAAACUGCCAGUAUGCAGA